GAGGCUGGACGGAGGAGGCGGGCGCAGGCGGGAGCUCGCAGCUGGUAGUUUCUGCUCCCUCGUCUUGUUAGAGUGCCCGGCCGAGAGCGAGUGAAGCCGAGGGUUCAUUCCAGCCUGCGGCACUGAGCGGAACGAAGGAGCUGGUGCCCGCAGAGUUGGUCGUCGAAGAUCCUCUCUCCCUCGGCGUGCCCUGCAGUCGCGCUCCAUGCUCCGGACGCUGCCCGGCCCGUCGCCCCGUCGCUGACGGCGCCCGCCUCUCUGGGCAGCAUCCAUGCACUGCGCGCUCCGGGAGUCGUAGGCUGCAGCUGCCCGCGGCUCCGGAACCGGCGGUGGCUCCGCGGCCGUGGGGGCGUCAAUGGAUCGCCAUUCCAGCUACAUCUUCAUCUGGCUACAGCUCGAACUCUGUGCCAUGGCGGUGCUGCUCACCAAAGGUGAAAUCAGAUGCUACUGUGAUGCUGCCCACUGCGUGGCAACUGGCUAUAUGUGUAAGUCUGAGCUGAGUGCCUGCUUCUCUAGGCUUCUUGAUCCUCAGAACACAAACUCCCCACUCACUCAUGGCUGCCUAGACUCUCUCGCAAGCACAGCAGACAUCUGCCAAGCCAAACAGGCACAAAACCACUCUGGCACGGCCAUGCCCACAUUGGAAUGCUGUCAUGAAGAUAUGUGCAAUUACAGAGGGCUGCAUGACGUUCUCUCUUCCCCCAAGGGGGAGGCCUCAGGACAAGGAAACCGGUAUCAGCAUGACGGUAGCAGAAACCUCAUCACCAAAGUGCAGGAGCUGACUUCUUCCAAAGAGUUGUGGUUCCGGGCAGCAGUGAUUGCUGUUCCCAUCGCUGGAGGGCUGAUUUUAGUGUUGCUCAUUAUGUUGGCCUUGAGGAUGCUGCGAAGUGAAAACAAGAGACUUCGGGAUCAGCGGCAACAGAUGCUCUCCCGUUUGCACUAUAGCUUUCAUGGACACCAUUCCAAAAAGGGGCAGGUUGCAAAGUUGGACUUGGAAUGCAUGGUGCCAGUGAGUGGGCAUGAGAACUGCUGUCUGACCUGUGAUAAAAUGAGACAAGCAGACCUCAGCAACGACAAGAUCCUCUCACUUGUUCACUGGGGCAUGUACAGUGGGCAUGGGAAGCUGGAAUUCGUAUGACCGUGUCUUAUCUGAACUGAGCUUCUUGGACGCUUGAAGGCCUUUGACUUCCGCUGGACAGGAGCACUUUAUCUGAAGAAAAACAAACUCAUGUAAUCAUCUUUAGAGACAAAGUGACCUCUGCAAACAGAAUCUUGGGUGUUUUUUCUGAAGGAUUAUUUGCACAGACUUACAUACAGUCAAAUGUAUUUUUUGCUUUGAAAUUAUAAAGGGCAAAGAGAAGACUAUGUACACACUGUUACUAGGGUGAUUUGCAUCUGAGGGAGCUGGAAUGAGUGCCUAAAUAAACUAAUGUGUGCUCUA